AUGGUUGCAAGAUUUUCAAACCGAGCCAUUCCAAUGGGAAAAUCGUACUCCUACAGGCCUAGAAACAUUGACAUCGAGCCGACGCAACAAGAAUACGAAGUCGAAUCAGAAGACUCACCAAAAAGAUUUGCAGACAACGAAGAGGCCCCGAGGCCGGCCGCGGAAAACUCCACUUCCGCUGGACCGCCCAGAGGCGAAUAUGAGCCAAGGCAUGAGCCAAGGCAUGAGCCAAGGCAUGAGCCAAGGCACGAGCCAAGGCAUGAACCAAGGCACGAGCCACGGCAUGUACCAAAGCAUGGUUCCCAUCCCGAGCCAAGGCACGAUUCCAGAUACGAGCCAAGAUACGAGCCUCGCGAAUACGAACCUCGCCAUUACGAACCCGACUAUUAUGAACCCCUAUUUGACCCAAGAUUCGACCCCCGAUUUGACCCCCGAUUCGACCCAAGAUUUGACCCCAGAUUUGACCCCAGAUUUGACCCCAGAUUCGAACAAAAAUUUGAUCAAAAAUUUGAACAAAAAUUUGAACCCAGAUCCAAGCGGGUCCGAUUUGAACCCAGUCCAGGCGGCGGCAAAAUGGCAAGAUACGAUGACCGAGGAGCUCAACAGAGCAGGGCUAGGAGAUCCAACUGGCCCUACAGUCGUCAAACCGAUUCUUACUCCGGCUUUGCUCACCCAGAGCCGCGGCCUUUCUUUUUUGACCCAAUGCGUGGGGGGCGAGAAGAGCGGCAAGACGACUUUCCCCGAUUUGCUCCAACCAAGCAGUGGUACCCAAAAGACUACUUUUUCGGAGCCGAUGGAAAUCCCCACCAGCAGCCCGAGCUCGAGCCAACGGACAGUAGAUCAAUUCGGGAACCCGUUGGAUUUGCCGGACAUGAUGCCAAGGACAGUUUUGCAAAGCGGUCUGCCCAAUUCCGAAAGCAAUUUGGAGAGAUCCCAAAGAAUAGCAAAGAUGCUCAACCUAAGGUCACCGCAGUCAAAGUUGAACCUGGUCACACCACCGCCACCAUCGGCGACGACGACGAAGAAGUCGACUCCGACUCAGUCGAAUCGCGCGAAUCAAGCGACCCCGAGCCCGAAGGAGCCCCAAUCAAGGACCUUUCCAAUUUUUGGAAAUGA